CAGAGUGCCACUUUGCAUCAUCCCCACAACAAAAAUUGAAAAAACCAACUCUUUUUUACCCCUUCAUGUUGUUGAGAUGCUUAUAAUAUUUUCUUUCCAUUUCUAAAAAAAAAAGAUUUUACUUGAGUUUUUUUUUCAAAUAUAUCAUUUUCUUCUCUCAUAAAAACCCCCUCUUAAUCUUAGGUUGGCUCACUACUCGUGUCUAGCCUAGUUUUGUCUUCUAAUUAAAAAAAAAAAUACAAAAAACCCUCAAAAGUAAUACUCGUGUCUAGCCUAGUUUUGUCUUCUAAUUAAAAAAAAAAAUACAAAAAACCCUCAAAAUUAAUUUGUCAUGAAGUAUGUUAUCCCAACCUACUCAUAAAUUAUAAAUUAUAAUUGGAGAGAGGUAUAUGAGAGGUCUGGCACAAUCGGAACAAAAAUGGAGGAAAUCGAAGUUGGAGAUGAACAAAAAGCAAAGGGAGUUUUUAAAGCAAGCACUAAGAUGAACAAGUAUGCUCUUGCUUGUGCUCUAUUGGCUUCCACCAACUCGAUUUUACUUGGCUAUGAUAUUGGAGUAAUGAGUGGUGCAAUCCUGUACAUAAAAGAUGAUCUAAAAAUAAGCAAAAUCCAAGAAGAAAUCUUAAUAGGAACCCUGAACGUAUGCUCCCUCAUAGGCUCACUCCUUUCCGGAAAGACCUCAGACCUCAUCGGCAGGCGGUACACCAUCGUCCUUGCAGCCAUCACCUUCUUUGCCGGAGCCCUGGUGAUGGGGUUAGCCCCAUCAUACCCUUUCCUAAUCGCAGGUCGCGUGGUGGCGGGUAUAGGAGUAGGCUACUCCCUCAUGAUUGCACCCCUUUACACGGCCGAGAUAUCACCAGCAAUGACACGUGGCUUCAUGAGCUCGUUGCCCGAGGUUUUCAUAACUAUAGGGAUUUUGAUAGGGUAUGUGGUGAACUAUGCAUUUUCAGGGAUAUCAAAUAAUUGGAACUGGAGGAUAAUGCUCCUGUUGGCUGCUGUUCCUGCUGUGGGUGUGGGAUUGGGAGUGAUUGUGAUGCCUGAAUCACCAAGGUGGCUUGUCAUGAAGAAGAGGCUGAGCGAGGCCAAAACGGUUUUGGUUAAGACGUCGGAAACUGAGGAAGAAGCUGAGGUUAGGCUUGGGGAGAUCACUAGAGCUUGGGAGCUUCAUGAAUCAAGCAACUUUGCUGGGAAAAGCGUAUGGAAAGAACUACUCUGGAGGCCAACACCAGCAACUCGUCGGAUCCUUAUUGCUGCUGUCGGCAUCAACUUUUUCAUGCAAGCUUCCGGCAAUGAUGCCGUCAUCUACUACCUUCCGGCGGUGUUUGAUGCAGCUGGGAUUAAGAAGAAGAAGCAGCUCUUUGGCAUCAAUGUGAUAAUGGGAACAGCCAAAGCCACCUUUGUUAUGAUCUCAGCUCUUUUCUUAGACAAGUAUGGUAGAAGGCCUCUCCUCCUACUGGGAACGGUUGGUAUGGUUGUGUCCCUGUCAACCUUGGGCCUUGGGUCCAUGUUUCUAGAGCACUCAGCCCAUAAGCCAAAUUGGGCCAUUGUAGUGAGUGUGAUCGCGGUGUGUGCUGAUGUGUCUUUCUUCUCAAUUGGGCUCGGGCCUAUUACUUGGGUCUACUCGUCAGAGAUUUUCCCGAUGAGGCUCCGAGCCCAAGGGACGAGUUUGGCAGUGUCUGUGAAUAGGUUGGUUAGUGGGGUUGUGUCAAUGACAUUUCUAACUAUUUCAACAAAGAUAUCAUUUGGGGGGAUGUUCUUUAUGCUGGCUGGAAUUAUGAUGGUGGCGACCGUGUUUUUCUUCUUCAUUAUGCCCGAGACUAAAGGGAAAAACCUGGAGGAUAUAGGGAAACUGUUUGAGGACAAGAAAACCAGUGACGAGGGAGAAGAAAUGAGUUAGACUUGAAGAAAAAAAAAUGCUAAAUUUUAGAUGUUUUGAUCCAAAUGCUGCACUUAAUUCGACUACAUCAGCAAAUUUCGAGUACAUCAGCAAAAUUGAGUACAUCAGCGAAUUUCUAACCACUAUAUCAUCUGUAAGACUGUAGACCAAUUGUCCAAGCUAAUUGUAAAUUUGUAAUUCUCUAUCUAAAAUGUUUGGUAUUUUAAGGUGUCAGUUCAGUUAUGAAGUUUCUAAUUUUCUUAUCA